CCUCACAUCCGUCCCUCUAGACAGAUUUUUGUCUGGCGGCAUUUUCUUUUUGUUUUGCCUGUGCCGACUUUAGCUCUUAGAUUAAUUGUGUUGUUGACCGGGUACAGGGAUUUCUACAAAGUCUGCUUCUACCACAGUAGUCUGCUGCACAAUGCCUGGAUUUUCAGACCGAGAUCGUGGCAGAGAUAGAGGGUAUAGUGGAGGACCUCCUCGUUUUGGUGGUGGUGGUGGUGGUAAUAGGAGCGGACCUCCUCCGGGGAAGUUUGGCAACCCUGGUGAGAGGCUGCGAAAGAAGCACUGGAACCUUGACGAGCUUCCAAAGUUUCAAAAGAACUUCUACCAGGAACAUCCAGAUGCAACUCGCAGACCACCUCAAGAGGUUGAACUGUACCGAAGAAACAAAGAAGUUACGGUCAAAGGCAGAGAUAUCCCCAAACCAAUUAUACAAUUCCACGAAGCUGCAUUUCCAAGCUACGUCAUGGAAGUUAUUGUCAAACAGAACUGGACUGAUCCAACUCCAAUUCAGUCUCAGGGGUGGCCAGUGGCCCUGAGUGGCAAAGACAUGGUUGGCAUCGCACAAACUGGUUCUGGGAAAACCUUAGCAGUAAGUGAAGUACUUUUUAAUUAUGAUUUUUCAGAGCUUUUCUACCCAGCACCCAUAUGAGAUUAAUUUGUUGUCGCCUUUCGGUAAUUAAGACAUAACACUUUUGCCAAGAGUGAUUGGCUCAAGAUCGAACAGAUUAAUGUGAAUACGGAAACAGACAUUUGAGAUAAUACUGC